CUUUUUACUCCGUAGUAUUUUGUCUGAGUGACAGUCACUGACUGUCUUUCUCUCUUUCUUGCUUUCUUUCUUUUAACUCCUUUAUAAAUAACUGAUUAAGUUAAACGCUUUUCUCUCUCACACAGACACAGCCAUGGCUUCCAAUGGCUUCUUGCUCUCCCUCACCAGUGCUCUCCUUGUUCUACUACCAUUCCUUUCUGUCUCAGCCAUGACCAAACAAACUUACAUAGUCCACAUGAAACACCAGGACAAACCUUCUUCCUAUGCCACCCACCAUGAUUGGUACUCCUCUCAACUCCAAACUGAUUCCACUCUUCUCUACACUUACACCGACGCUUACCAUGGCUUCGCCGCCUCGCUCGACUCCGACGAAGCAGACUCACUCCGCCGAUCCGACUCUGUCCUCGGCGUUUACGAAGACACUCUCUACACUCUCCACACCACUCGCACUCCCGAGUUCCUAGGCCUCAACACUGAGUCCGACAGCCACCACACUCAGGUCCUUAACCAAGCCUCUAACGAUGUCAUCAUCGGAGUUUUAGACACGGGUGUCUGGCCCGAAUCGAAAAGCUUCGACGAUUCGGGUUUACCCGAGAUCCCGACCCGGUGGAAAGGCAAGUGCGAGUCCGGACCCGAUUUCAAACCCACACUCUGCAACAAGAAACUCAUCGGAGCACGAAGCUUUUCCAAAGGGUACCGCAUGGCCUCCAGUGGAGGCUCCGCGACGAAACCGAAGGAAGUCGUGUCGCCGCGCGACAAUGACGGCCAUGGGACCCACACGGCCAGCACCGCCGCCGGAUCCCCCGUGGGGAACGCUUCUCUUCUCGGCUACGCGCAGGGCACGGCGCGUGGAAUGGCGAGUCGGUCGCGCGUCGCAGUUUACAAAGUUUGUUGGAGCGUUGGGUGCUUCGGAUCCGAUAUUCUCGCGGGUAUGGAUCAGGCCAUAAGCGACGGCGUGGACGUGCUCUCGCUCUCUCUCGGCGGUGGGUCCGCUCCGUAUUACAGAGACACCAUCGCAAUCGGAGCUUUCACGGCGGUUGAGAAGGGCAUUUUCGUCUCUUGCUCUGCCGGAAACAGUGGGCCCAUCAGAGCCUCAUUGGCCAACGUGGCACCCUGGAUCAUGACCGUUGGAGCCGGUACUAUAGACCGGGAUUUCCCGGCUUUCGCUUUACUCGGAAACAAAAAGCGGUUCACCGGUGUGUCAUUAUACAGCGGAAACGGAAUGGGGGCCAAACCGGUUGGGUUGGUUUACAACAAAGGGAACAGCAGUGCAAGCAACAUGUGCUUACCCGGUUCGCUCGAACCGGACUUCGCACGUGGGAAAGUGGUGGUUUGCGAUAGAGGAGUGAACGCACGUGUGGAGAAGGGAGCGGUUGUACGAGACGCGGGUGGGGUUGGGAUGAUAAUCGCGAACACGGCGGCGAGUGGGGAAGAGUUGGUGGCUGACAGUCACUUGUUGCCGGCUGUGGCGGUGGGGAGGAAAGUAGGGGAUAUGAUCAGAGAAUAUGUGCGGUCUAAUUCGAAUCCAACGGCUGUGCUGAGUUUUGGUGGGACGGUGUUGAAUGUGAAGCCUUCACCAGUAGUGGCGGCGUUUAGUUCUCGAGGGCCGAAUAUGGUGAAUCCGCAGAUAUUGAAGCCGGAUGUGAUUGGGCCUGGUGUUAAUAUCUUGGCUGCUUGGUCUGAGGCUGUUGGGCCCACUGGAUUGGAUACAGACACUAGGAAGACUCGAUUCAACAUCAUGUCAGGUACAUCAAUGUCUUGCCCACAUAUCAGUGGAUUGGCAGCAUUGCUAAAAGCAGCUCAUCCGGAAUGGAGUCCAAGUGCAAUCAAAUCUGCACUAAUGACUACUGCUUACACUCAGGAUAACACCAAUUCCCCUCUCCGGGAUGCUGCAGGAGGAGGAUUUUCCAACCCGUUGGCUCACGGGGCUGGUCAUGUAGAACCACAUAAAGCCCUCGAUCCGGGCCUUGUAUAUGAUAUCUCAAUUGAGGAUUACAUAACCUUCUUGUGCUCCUUGGACUACACCGUUGCUCAAGUCCAAACUAUUGUUAAACGCCCCAAUGUUACAUGUUCGAGGAAAUUUUCUGACCCUGGUCAACUCAAUUACCCAUCAUUCUCUGUCUUGUUUGCAAACAAGAAGGUUGUCCGAUACACUCGUACAUUGACGAAUGUCGGGGCUGCUGGCUCUGUCUAUGAUGUAACCGUUGGUGCACCAACAAUGGUGAAUGUGGCAGUGAAGCCUACAAAGCUUGUUUUUAAAAGUGUAGGGGAGAAACAGAGGUACACGGUUACCUUUGUGGCCAAGAGCGGUGCACCCAAAACACCUAUGUCUGAAUUUGGUUCAAUUGUCUGGAGCAACGCCCAACACCAAGUUAAGAGCCCAGUUGCCUUUGCAUGGACACAGUAGUAUUAGAUUGCUUUUAAUGUAUUUGGGCCUCAGCAGCAGUUUAUUAAUAAAACAGCUAUCAAAGCCCAGUGUAUCGGACAUGACCUAAGUGGUUUGUUUUGCCGCGUUGAAAAGACAAUUAAGACAGUAGAGUGUCAGUUUGUCAUAAAAUUUGCAAUUGGCUUGUUUAGUUAAGUUAAUGUUACAGAAUGACUGACAUGCCAAUGUUAAGUAUAGCUUUUCCGUAACUUUUGACUAUUUCCAGUUGAUAUUUUGCAGCUCUCCUUCUGUUGGAGUGGAAGUGGGAAACAGAAA